UGGAAAAUGACUACACCAAACAAGACACCUCCUGGUGCUGACCCUAAGCAGUUGGAAAGGACUGGUACAGUGCGGGAAAUUGGGUCACAGGCUGUUUGGUCACUUUCAUCUUGCAAACCAGGAUUUGGUGUAGAUCAGUUACGAGAUGACAACCUAGAAACUUACUGGCAAUCUGAUGGUUCCCAGCCUCAUUUAGUGAACAUCCAAUUCAGGAGGAAAACAACAGUGAAGACAUUAUGCAUUUAUGCAGACUAUAAAUCCGAUGAAAGCUAUACCCCAAGCAAAAUCUCAGUGAGAGUUGGAAAUAAUUUUCACAACCUUCAGGAGAUUCGGAAAUCUAAUUGA